CUACGGCCAUUGCCACCGAGCCACCACUACCAUCGUUACCAACAAGCACCAGCUUCAAUUUUAAACAAUGUCCGUCAAGCAAAAGACUGAGGACCUGAUCAAGUCGACAAAGGUCGUCGUCUUCUCCAAGUCCUGGUGCCCCUAUUGCCGUCAGGCCAAGACGACGCUCGGUGGCCACUCGGACCUGCCCGAGUCGGACGUGACUGUCGUGGAGCUCGACCAGGUCGAGGACGGCGACGCGAUCCAGGCCUACCUCGCCGACAAGACGGGCCAGCGUACCGUGCCCAACAUCUUUGUCAGCGGCACCCACCUGGGAGGCAACGAUGACCUGCAAAAGGCAAACUCAUCGGGUGCCCUCAAGAAGCAGCUCACGGCUGCUGCCUAAUUCCGUGUCCCUCUGCUCCUCGAUGUUCUUCGGGAGACUGGAGAGAGAAGAUUCGUACUACCAAAGACUCUGGAUCAAGAGGCUUGUUCUUUUUUUCCUAUUUCCGAAGGAAGAAAUACAGAUGCGGUACAGAUUAAGGCGGUACGGGACG